AUGUCCGUUGAUUUAAAUACACUACAGCCACAACAACUGAUGGCAGUCAAGCAGACUACACAAACAGAAUUGGCACAUCUGCAGUCCAGUUAUGAUGCGUUGAACGUUGCCAGAAAGAAAUAUAAGGACUGUAUUUCGAGCGUGAACAACAUCGUCAAGAGCGGCGAGCAAGAGAUGCUUGUGCCACUUACAUCCUCUCUUUACGUCCGUGGGACAAACGCUGUGGACAAAUUUAAAAUUGAUAUUGGAACAGGAUAUUUUGUCGAAAAGGAUGACAAAGAGGCAACUUCUUUUUUCGACAAGAGAAUCAACAAGUUGAGUAGCGAUUCUGGUAAACUGCAGGCACUGAUAGAGGAGAAAUUACAAUUAUUGAACAAGAUCAACGGUGUAAUCAGAGAGAAAAUUGCUCUUGCACAGCAACAGCAGCAACAGCAGCAGCAGCAAGCCCAACAAGAGAAAGCUGGAACCCAACAGGACGCAUAA